AUGUGGGCUCAGCUCCUACUAGGAAUGUUGGCCCUAUUGCCAGCCAUUGCAGAAGAACUCCUCCCGAACUACCUGGUGACCUUACCAGCCCUGCUUGACUUCCCCUCCACUCAGAAGGUUUGUUUGGAUCUGAGCCCUGGGAACUGUGAUGUAAAAUUCACUAUUACUCUGGAGACCAAGGACAAGAGCCAGAAGUUGCUAGAAGACUCUGGACUGAAGAAGAGGCACUUACAUUGCGUCUCCUUUUUAGUACCACCUCCUGCUGGUGGCACAGAAGAAGUGGCCACAAUCCGGGUGUCAGGAGUUGGAAAUAACAUCAGCUUUGAGGAGAAGAAAAAGGUUUUAAUUCAGAGGCAGGGGAGUGGCACCUUUAUACAGACCGACAAACCUAUCUACACCCCAGGGCAGCAAGUGUUUUUCCGAAUUGUCACCAUGAACAGCAACUUUGUUCCAGUAAAUGACAAGUACUCCAUGGUGGAACUACAGGAUCCAAAUAGCAACAGGAUUGCACAGUGGCUGGAAGUGGUGCCCAAGCAAGGCAUUGUAGACCUGUCCUUCCAACUGGCACCAGAGGCUACGCUGGGCACCUAUACAGUGGCAGUGGCUGAGGGCAAGACCUUUGGCACUUUCAAUGUGGAAGAAUAUGUGCUGCCUAAGUUUAAGGUAGAGUUGGUGGAACCCACACAAUUAUCAACGGCGGCAGAAUCUUUCUUAGUAAAAGUUUGUUGCAGGUACACCUAUGGAAGGCCCCUGCAAGGGGCAGUGCAGGUGUCAGUGUGUCAGAGGACACACGCUUACUGGUAUGGAGAGGAAGAACGGCAGCAGCUCCCCGACAAAUGCAGCAGUCUCUCGGGACAGACUGACAAAGGAGGCUGCUUCUCGGCAUCUGUGGACAUGUCCACCUUCAACUUCACUGGAUUCACAUACCGCCAUGACAUCGAUAUUGUGGCUACUGUGGUGGAGGAAGGGACAGGAGUGGAGGCCAAUACCACUCGGAAUAUCUACAUUUCUUCACAAAUGGGAUCAAUGACCUUUGAAGACACCAACAAUUUUUAUUAUCCAAAUUUCCCCUUCAGCGGAAAGAUAAGAGUUAGGGGCCAUGAUGGCUCCCUCCUCAAGAAUCAUCCAGUGUUUCUGGUGAUUUACAGCACAAAUGGAAACAUCAACCAGACCCUAGUUACUGACAACAGUGGUGAUACAGAAAUUGCUCUUUUCAAGCUGGAUACAGAAAAUUGGAAUGGGACAGACAUUUCUCUGGAGGGCAAGUUCCAAAUGGAAGAUUUAGUAUAUAAUCCCGAACAAGUGCCUCAUUACUACCAAAAUGCCUAUCUGUACCUGCAACCCUUCUACAAUACAACCCGCAGCUUCCUCAGCAUCCAGCGGCGAGGCGACCUCUUGAGAUGUGGCCUACCCCAUGAAGUGCUGGUGGACUACUACAUUGAUCCAGCCGAUGCAAGCCCUGACCAGGAAAUAAUCUUCUCCUACUAUUUAAUAGGGAAAGGGAGUGUGGAGAUGGAGGGGCAGAAGCAUCUGAGCUCCAAGAAGAAAGGACUGAAAGGCUCCUUCUCUCUCUCACUGACCUUCACUUCCAGACUAGCCCCUAGUCCUUCCCUGCUGAUCUACGCCAUUUUCGCCAGUGGAGGUGUUGUAGCUGACAAAACUCAGUUCUCAGUAGAGAUGUGCUUUGACAAUCAGGUUUCCCUUGGCUUCUCACCUUCCCAGCAGCUUCCAGGAGCAGAUGUGGAACUAGAGCUGCAGGCCGCUCCCGGAUCCCUGUGUGCAAUCCGGGCUGUGGAUGAGAGCGUCUUACUACUUAGGCCAGAGAAAGAGCUCAGCAACAGCUCUGUCUAUGGGAUGUUUCCGCUCUGGUAUGGGCACUACUCCUACAAGGUGGCUGACGAUGACGACUGUCCAGUGUCUGGCCCAUGGGACUUUCCUCAGCCUCUAAUGGACCCAGCGCCUGCAGAGCAUUCUAUGGUCUGGAGGCCCCAGUUCUCCGAAGGCGUGGACCUUUUCAGUUUUUUCCAGGACAUGGGCCUGAAAAUACUGUCCAAUGCCAAAAUCAAGAAACCAGUAGAUUGCAGUUACCAAUCUCCAAAAUACGGCUCUGCAAUGGGCAAGGCUGGUGAAGGUCCACAGUACCAUCAUGUUGAAUCAUCAUCUUCAUCGCUUCGGUCAGCGGAUUCUCAGGUCCGCCAGUACUUCCCGGAGACCUGGCUCUGGGAUCUGCUUCCUAUUGGUAACUCAGGAAAGGAGGCAGUCCACGUCACAGUUCCCGACGCCAUCACUGAGUGGAAGGCUAUGACUUUCUGCACCUCCCCAUCCAGAGGCUUCGGUCUUUCAUCCACUGUUGGACUCACUGCUUUCAAGCCGUUCUUUGUUGAUCUGACUCUCCCUUACUCAGUAGUUCGUGGGGAAACCUUUCGUCUUACUGCCACCAUCUUCAAUUAUCUAAAGGACUGCAUCAGGGUUCAGACUAACCUGGCUGAAUCAGAUGAGUACCAGGUGGAAUCAUGGGCAGAUUCUCGGGCCUCCAGCUGUCUCUGUGCUGAUGAAGUAAAAACAUAUCACUGGAAUAUCACAGCUACCAAACUGGGUCAUGUUAACUUUACUGUUAGUACUCAGAUUCUUGAUAGCAAUGAACUCUGUGGGGGCCAUAAGGGGUUUGUUCCAAAAAAGGGUCGGAGCGACACACUCAUCAAACCAGUUCUUGUCAAGCCUGAGGGAGUUCUUGUGGAGAAGACACACAGCUCACUGCUGUGCCCACAAGGAAAGGUGGGUUCAGAAUCUUUCUCCCUGGAUCUCCCUGUGGACGUUGUUCCUGAUUCAGCCCAGGCUUCUGUUACUGUUCUGGGAGACAUUAUGGGCACAGCCCUGAAGAACCUAGACAGUCUGGUGCAGAUGCCCUGUGGCUGUGGGGAGCAGAACAUGGUCCUGUUUGCACCCAUCAUCUACAUCUUGCAGUACCUGGAGAAGGCAGGGCUGCUGACAGAGGAAAUCAGAUCUCGGGCAGUGGGUUUCCUGGAGAUUGGAUACCAGCGGGAGCUGAUGUACAAACACAACGAUGGCUCCUAUAGUGCCUUUGGACAGCGGGAUGAAAAUGGAAACACAUGGCUGACAGCCUUUGUCACAAAAUGCUUUGGACAAGCUCAGAAAUUCGUCUUCGUUGAUGAUAAGAACAUGGAGGAUGCUCUCAAGUGGAUGGCAGGAAACCAGCUCCCCAGCGGCUGCUAUGCCAGCGUGGGAAAGCUCUUUCACACAGCUUUGAAGGGCGGUGUUGAUGAUGAGAUCUCCUUGACUGCCUACAUCACAGCUGCAUUGUUGGAGAUGGGAAAAACCAUAGAUGACCAAAUGGUGAGUCAGGGUCUCUGGUGUCUAAGGAAUUCUGUCAUAUCCGCCACCAACCCCUACACACAGGCCCUCUUAGCUUAUACCUUCUCCCUGGCUGGAGAAAUGGACAUCAGAAACAUUCUUCUGAAGAAGUUAGAUCAACAGGCUGUCAUCUCAGGAGAAUCCAUUCACUGGAGCCAGAAACCUACUCAGUCAUCAGAUGCCAGCCUUUGGUCUCAGCCUGCGGCUCUGGAUGUGGAGCUCACAGCAUAUGUACUCUUGGCCCAGCUUACCCAGGACAGUCUGUCUCAAAAGGAGAUAGCCAAGGCCACUAGCAUAGUGGCUUGGUUGGCCAAACAACGCAAUGCAUAUGGGGGCUUCUCUUCCACUCAGGAUACUGUAGUUGCUCUCCAAGCUCUUGCCAAAUAUGCCACGACUGCUUAUGUGCCAUCUGAGGAAGUCAACCUGGCUGUAAAAUCCACUGAGAAUUUCCAGCGCACUUUCAAUGUGCAGUCUGCCAACAGAUUGGUAUCUCAGCAGGAGGCUCUGCCCAACAUCCCUGGAGCGUAUACUUUAGAGGCCUCAGGCCAGGGCUGUGUCUAUGUCCAGAUGGUGUUGAGAUAUAAUAUUCUCCCUCCUAAAAACAUGGAAACCUUUAGGAUAACUGUGGAAAUGGGAAAAGCUAGAUGUGAGCAAAAUACUGCACCUCGGUCCUUUACUCUCACUAUCCACACCAGUUAUGUGGGGAGUCGCAGCUCUUCCAAUAUGGCUAUUGUGGAAGUAAAGAUGCUCUCUGGGUUCAGCCCCAUGGAGGGCACCAAGCAGUUGCUUCUCCAGCAACCACUGGUGAAAAGGGUUGAAUCUGGAACUGACAAACUUAACAUUUACUUGGAAGAGCUCAGUAAAAAGACUCAGACCUAUACCUUCACCAUCAGCCAAAGUGUGUUGGUCACCAACCUGAAACCAGCAACUGUCAGAGUUUAUGACUACUACCUACUAGAUGAACAGGCAACAAUGCAGUAUUCUGAUCCCUGCAAAUGA